AUGCUGCGGCGGGCGUGUUUAUUUCGCAAGAUAACACGCUCUUGGACAAAGGGUUCUAUCACCUCAUCCAUGGCUCAUUUUCCUGAUGCGGUGAGGGCUGAUCCGGCCGCACUGCGCGGUGCAGACUGCUCUGCGAAGGAAAAACGUCAAUGGACCAUUGACGACGUGUCCAGGAGCAACGGUCGUAAGGUACCGAAACAUAUUGAAUGGUUGACAAAUAGGAUGAGACUGUGGGUCCGUCUUGUACGCGCGGAUAGGCCAGUCGGAACCGUACUAUUGAUGUUACCGUGCUAUUGGGGUUCCAGCCUUGCUGUUACGAAGGCAAUUGUGUGGGAAGGGGCUGAUCCGGUGGCUCUUUUUGCUCCUUUUAUUCCAGUACACCUUGCCGUUUUGUUUACAGCUGGGGCGUUUUUGAUGCGUAACGCCGGCUGUGUUGUGAACGAUAUGUUGGACAGGAAGUUUGACGAAUUGGUAUCACGCACUAAAACUCGUCCAUUGGCCAAUCGAGCGAUUGGCAUGACGGAGGCUUCUGGUGUUCUUUUUUUGAAUCUUGCUUUUGCUUUUGUAAUUGUCAUGAAUUUAUCUCCGAUGGCUCUUUUGGCAGCCUUUUCGAUUGUUCCACUGGUGGCCGUUUAUCCAUUAAUGAAGCGCGUUACGUAUGUGCCUCAGUUUUUUCUGGGGUUAUGUUUCAAUUGGGGCAUAUUUGUUGGUUAUGCUGCUGUUCUAAAUCGUGUGGAUCUUGCGGUCACGUUGCCUAUUUUUUGUUCUGGCGUUGUAUGGACCAUUUUGUACGACACAAUAUACGCAUAUCAAGACAGGGAUGACGAUAUGAAAUGUGGGGUGAAGAGUUCUGCCAUUCUUAUUGGGGAUCGUAAGUAUAUUCUGACCCUUAUGAUAUUUCCUGUGGGCCUUGGAAUACUUAUCUCUGGAUUAAUGGUCUCCCAGUCUCUUCCGUUUUAUAUUGCAACUCUUUUAUGCAUUUGGCAUCUUCAGGGUAUUGUGGAUGAUGUCAAUAUAUACGACGCUUCGUCGUGUGGAAAAGGAUUUUUGAGAAAUGCAAGAUUUGGCAUUUAUGUCUUUUUGUCUAUGUGCUUGGGGAAUGUUUUAUGGACACUUGCUUCGGAGCAUCAGCGAGCAAAAGAUGCCGAUAACAUUGCAGUGCCCGAGAAAUCGACGCUCAUGCAGUUUCUUCUUUUUAGAAAAACUGCAGAACCACCGGCUUUUAACACACAAGACAUCCGUUGGAUCGAUCGAAUGGCACAUCCAGUGUACGUUGCGGCCCAAGAAGCGAGGCAAGAUUCUACACAGAAGCCAUUGGUGAUACCAGCGUGGAUGCGACGUGAGUAUCUUGGCGAAAACUUGGGAAAUUUAAUGCUACUUCUUGGCGUUGAAAAUGAGGUUGUUGUUUCUUGGCAAGAUUGGUGGUAUGCGCAGCUUGACCACUAUAAUAUGUUUUCCAAGCUGGCAAUAUAA